ACGGUGAAAUCAGUCGUGCUUCCUUUUCUGAUGGAUCUUCUUCAACGACUCAGAAAAGGAAACCUCAAAAUAAACACCUUAAAUUACUUUUUUAAGCCUCACAUUGUUUUAAUAGAAUGCGAAAAUGAAAAGAGAAUCAACAUGGGCACUCUAUUUUCUUGUACUCUUACUUACAUCAAUAUUCUUUUUCAAUUUCGUAUACCCUUUUGAUCGACAAUUUCUUUCUCGUCUUGCUUUUUUGUCAUCAUUAUCAUCAUCAUCAUCAUAUUUCGCUACAAAGAAAUCGCCGUUCGUCGGAGCCUGUGAUUACUCCAGAGGGCACUGGGUUUGGGAUGAAACCUACCCACAUCGGUUAUACGAUGAAAACUGUCCCUUUCUUGAUCCAGGAUUCCGGUGCCACCAAAACGGACGCAAAAAUGAAAGCUUUCGCAAAUGGCGAUGGCAACCUGAUGACUGUGAGAUUCCCCGAUUCAAUGCGAGUGUGGUGCUAGAGAGAAAUCGCAAUGGACGGAUUGUGUUUGCUGGUGAUUCUGUGGGAAGAAACCAGUGGGAGUCUUUCCUGUGCAUGCUGACAAAAGGGGUUUCUAACCUCUCAAGAAUACAUGAAGUGAAUGGAAAUCCCAUAAGCAAGCACAAAGGGUAUCUGGCCAUGAGAUUUCAGGAAUACAACAUCACAGUAGAAUACUACAGAACACCCUUCUUGUGUGUUAUAGGUCGUCCUCCCAUCAACUCAUCCAAUCAUAUAAGAAGAACUAUCAGGCUUGACGAGUUGCACUGGUAUUCCAAACAAUGGGUUGGAGCUGAUAUUCUUAUUUUCAAUUCCGGACACUGGUGGAACCCAGACAAAACUAUCAAGUCGGGCAACUACUUCCAGGAAGGAGGGAAGGUAAGGAUGAUGAACGUGAAAGAAGCAUUUUUGAGAUCCUUACAGACAUGGAAAUCAUGGGCAUUAAACAAUCUACAUCCUGGGAGUUUCGUGUUCUUUCGUAGCUUCUCCCCCGUCCACUUCAGGAAUGGCACAUGGAAUGAUGGAGGACAGUGUGACAAACAAACAGAGCCAGAAAAUGACCCUACAAAACUUGAAACAGAACCAUAUCAUAACAUAUUUAUAUCUGGUGUUGUCAAACAGAUGCAGUAUGAGAGCCGGAAAGCCCAAUUUUUGAACAUCACAUAUCUUUCAGAGUUGAGGAAAGAUGGUCACCCUUCCAAGUUUCGGGAACCAGGCACUCCAACUAAUGCUCCACAGGAUUGUAGCCACUGGUGCUUACCAGGAGUGCCAGACACGUGGAAUGAACUUCUCUAUGCCCAACUCCUGUCUGAGAAAUUUGGCAUGAACAAAAAAUUUCCAGAAAGAGGAUAA